ACGUCAACAAAACAACCGCACUGUUCAGUGUUUCCAGCAUACUAAUCUCGAUCAUCGGACUUGACGUUUGUCGUACCCACCAUCGCCUGCUCGCGUUUCUGCAAACAACAGAGACUUCACUCGUCGUCAAGCUCGAUUGCCGUGGGAAAUCCCAACAUGCACUACGAGAAUUGGGACGUCCUGCUGUUUCCCGGCGGUGGAUCAGUGCCACUGAAGGAGUUCAGAACAGAUUGCUCUGUCAUCCCCGACUUUGAAUCCAAACCAGCACCUUGUUUGGGGUCUUUUAUUGGCUUGCCGGCUGUCCAUGGCUUCGUCCCCAGUCUUCACCGCAACAUGCCCCUCACGGUUUCCGUCUUUUCUUGGACAGUACCUCCAGUCAGCAACCCGAAUCGAGACGCCAACCUCGUAGUUUUUGCAGCCCGGGUGUACAUCGAUGGGGAUCUCGUCGCUGAGGACGUAUGGAAUCAAAAUCAGCGAGCACCUCUCACCAUCACUCAAAGUCUGAAACCGAACAAACAUGGUGACCGCGAUGUAAUCAGGUUCCCAGCGUUCAACGAGAGGUAUCUGCAAGAAAACGGCUGGAAUCCUGCCGCAUCUCUUGGCCGCAUCCAAGUUAUCAUCACGGAAGCGUACCAGCGCGACCCGACGACUUUGUCCCUGGACCCAAUCAAAAACGUCGCUGCGUUUUCUUUCUGUCACGCUCCACUAGAGACACUCGAGGAAGCUGCCAUUGCCUGGCCGAACCGACAUAUGUGGGAGAAUGCCACGCUGGCAUAUAGCUUUCCUUCCGCAGUCUAUUCGACAAACCACAGCUUGGCUUCUCAGCAAGGGCCUGCAAGACUCGUGAUAGAUCCGUCCCCACAGCCUUUGUCUUCAACUCCAGCACCUGCGACCUUGCCAGUCUUCCAAAAGACAGCGAACCCGCCACUCCGAGUUCAUUCGACAGGCAAUCAUCAUCAGCAUGCUGGAGGAGAGUCCCAGGGUCGUGGUAUCUGUCGAAAUCCAUCACGCACCAGCAUCUUCCCCGUCGUAGCCAGCACAGUGCAUCCAUCCGUCGUGCAUCAAGAUACCAGCCUGCCUACUCACGGCAUCGGACCAUUCAAUCCCAUGUUGUGGGGUGCCAGAUAUGCCGCAGGUCGGCUUUACCCAAGCGAUUCUUCUACAGUAGGUCAACAAGAACAGGAUGCAGAUUCCUCAAUUUCACUUGACGUUCCAACGUCUGCGACCGACAGCUCUGCCACUUACGUCGACGAUGCGAAGCCACAGGCUGCCCCGGCGGCGAAAAGGAGCAUAUCAGACCUUGUGUUGUCGAUGUCUGACGAAAGAAAUCCUCUAAGAAGGCACCACAUUCCGAUUCCCGCGAUGGGGGUCAGGUCUCGCAAAGAGUGUCGACCUGGGCACCACACCCUCGAGCCAUUGACGACAACAUCCCGCAGAGCAUCACGACGCCGGGAGCUGUCGGACGCGGGAAGACUCAUAUCGCGCCUAGACGAACAGAACACGCCUGAGCCCAUGUUCGCGUUGAUCGAUCCCGUCAAUACUGUCAAGCGCGCUCCGUCGUUGGGCACGCCAUCAAAGAAACAGUUCGCGGCCGCGAAGAGUGUCCGGCGGUCCGUGUCAUUUGAUCCAGUCAUCAAGGAUAUCGAAAGUGAGCGGUCGCAACCUGCCACAAAGCCGAGCCAGUGUAAACGCGACUUCACACCUCUUGAUGUUGCAGAAGUUAUCGCCCAAUCUGAUCAAGGCCACUCCAGCCCCAUCCUGUGAUCACUGAUUGCAGAGUCAGGAACCAUCAGGCGCUGAGAUAACAAAAGACAUACACGUUAAGCAUGACUAGUCUAACCAAGAGGACUCACUUGGUAGCAACGGUUUCCAUCUUAACUCGGUCAGGGGUUAUGCUGUGCAGCUUUGGAUUGUGGGGUUAUUUCCACGAAAGACAUGGAUAGUUCUCAGCGAAACGACAAUGUCAAUCGCUUACCGCAAGUAGCAUUCUUAUAUCACUCGUAGCAGAUGGAAUUGAAGACAAUUACCCAC